CCCAGAGCAUCAGCUCGUCUUCGUCAAGCUUUCCCUCUCGAUUCAUCCGCCAGUCAUAUAACCAGCGGACGACAUGGUAGCUUUCCAAUCCCUGCGGUGCGGUGCAGUCAUCCUUGUAACCAGUGAAGGCCCGACCGGCCUCGUCCAACAGCUCCAAUAAUCGUCGCCCCGGCGUCACGAGCCUGCUGCACUCGACAGUUUUUGCUAAGCAUCUCCCGAAUAUUGCCAAAAGCAUGCGUCCGUUACUGUCGAUCCGAGAGGCCGUGGGCAGAGGCUUAUCGACUUUGAUUAAUGGGAUUCUGGGCAAACCAUAUCUCUCGCCAUUGUCUGUGUCGUCUGCUUUCUCAGCAGCCACCUUGUAUUCCACAAGGAUUAAAUGCUCGACCAAAGGGCGGAGUGCCUCUCUUGCAGCUUGCGCCUCGCUCGCCGGUAUGUUCAGGAUUGUUUCCAGAUCACCUUCCAGCUUUUGCAAGCAAGCUUUUGCCUCGUCCAUUUGCAUAGACGAUGGCUUGGGUGAUAAUCGUUCGCGGAAGAAGAUGCACCUCCUGGCACUCGUCGGCGCAGAGACGAGGAUUCCUGCCGUCGCAGACCAUUUCACGGACAUCCUGGCAGGCCUGAAACCACAGGUCCAGAACUUCAGCACUCGCAACCGCUGGCGAAGCUGA